GGCUUGUUGGCGAGUGCGCGCGACCCAUAGGGUGUUAAGACGUUUGGCUAUGACCACAAAGAAACUGGUUCUUCUUAUUGGUCUAUCUCUGGGUUUUUACACUUCAAUCAUCUCAACACUUCUGACGAGGGGCAACAAAUCAAUUCAAGGUGAACGUAAUUUAUUCCACACGCAAUUUAUUCAAAAUAACCGCACAAACGCGCGCUUUACCGACAUUGGAAGAGACGUUGGAUCGCGAGUGGAUAACAAUGAUCCAAAAUCGACAAGCACGCGUGUAUUUUUGAAUAUUAUAAAAUCGUCGAGAGUGCAGGUCAAGUACAACACAUCUUUACCACCGGAUUGCUAUAGUAUCAUACGAACCGCCGAGACAGGAAAUGACUUGCAUUCUACAAUUAAUCCAACGAGGUCAAUUGCACAGUCGCUAAUGGUGAACAAAUUAGGCGCAGAAGUGAAACGCUUCCCUACCACUUUAAUUAUAGGGAUGCGAAAGGCAGGCACGCGUGCUUUACUAACUAUUCUCCGACUGCACCCUCAGGUAAAAGCAUGCGGGUCUGAAAUGCAUUACUUCGACAUCAGAUAUCCGCGUGGUUUGCAGUGGUAUCUUGAUCAGAUGCCAUAUGUGGAAACAGGACAGCAAGCUAUUGAAAAAACACCGAGUUAUUUUGUGGUUAAAGGUGUACCCAUAAGGAUUCUCGAAUAUGCGAAAACCAUAAAUAAGACGUUGAGAUUUCUCGUAAUUGUUCGCGACCCAACGGUCAGGGCAAUUUCCGAUUAUGUACAACUUAAUUUGACUAAUCGACGAAAAUACAACAAUGUCCUGAAGCCUUUCAAAAACAUGGCUAUUAAAAACAGUAAUUCGACAUUUGCCGUGCGUACAACUUGGGGAGUAAUUAAAACUGGUGUUUAUAGUAAACACUUACAGCGAUGGCUGAAGUACUUUCCCAUGAAAUCGUUUCAUUUUGUCAGCGGAGAACAGCUUGUUAGUAAUCCAUACGACGAAAUCAAAAAAGUCGAAGAAUUUCUUGAGCUCAAGCCGUACUUCUCAAGAAGCAAUUUUGUUCAUAACAACGAGAAGGGUUUUCCCUGCUUUCGCGGAUCAACCAAUAAGAAAGAGCGUUGUUUGGGAAAAAACAAAGGUCGUCUUCACCCGAAAAUUGAGCCAGCUGUUUUGAAUGAACUGAGACGUUACUAUAGACCUUUUAACGAGCAAUUAUACAAAAUGGUUGGUCGAGAUUUUCGUUGGCCUUAGGUCAACUAAUUUUAUGCGGAUAAAAUCCAAAGUUUCUUAUUCAAAAUUCACGCAAUAUAAACAAUGAGAUAGUUUGGCCUGCAAGGCUAAAGACCUUGGUGACGCAAGUUGAAUUUACAGCUAUUUGGAGAUUUUGAAACGGAAGACAUCACAAACUGCUUAAUUAAAUAGGUAUUAACGAUAAAAACUGAUUGUUUGAAUUUGACUAUCUGGGUUAAAAUGCUAACAUCAAAGAAAGCGUGGAAAAAUAAAGUCAGAAAUAUUGUGUUAUUUCAGUACAGUAUAAAAUCCUAUGAAAAAGCGCAGAAAACCUUCGUGGAAACAUCGGGCGUGGCCGUUUCCCGCCAUUAAAAACAAAUUGUUGAACUGCCAAACCUAUCGUUGAACAAUCCAGUUCAUUUGCUUCGCCAAGUACUCGGUCUAGAAUCGCUUGAACGAAUAGUUUAGAUUAAACGUAGGUACAUAUGUACUACAAGAAGUAUACAAGCGUACAAUUUGUACGAAAUUGAUUCGUCAUUUCGGCGUGGGAUCCAUCAAAUUCUCGCAAUUUGUGUGAUCUUCCUUACGUCAAAUUUUGCUAUAUUUCGCUGUUUUUUUCACGAAAUCUGAAACUGACUGUACAUAAAAACGUAUUAACCAAAAGACCAUAUAAAUUCAUUUGAAAUUUGGGGGAGUUUUGCUUUUUCAUGUAAUGAAUUUUCCGACGAGUUAUUUUGAGUGGGUGGCAAUCACCAAUGUUGAACGUUUUUUGGCGGCCUUCCUCAAUAAUUUAGUUUUGAAGUUCAAUAUCUGUUAGAAUACUGAAAUAAGGUCACGAAUAAAUGGUUGAAAUGAACGUAAAAUAAAUUCUUUAAAGAAUGCAUGUCAACCAAGAUGCACUACGCGCUUUUGUUUAUGUUUAUAUCUGAGCCUGCUGCACACUGACUUCAAUGAACGUUGUGUCGUUUUUCUAAAAAUUCUCUGCACAAGUCAAUUCAGAAGCAUUGGUCUUCCACGUUUAGGCAAAGAAGCCUUUUUUAAAUCAUAAGUUGUUACAAUUACUUAAAAACAAUUUUAUACAGUAAUAAUAAAGGCCUGCCUUGACUACAUAAUGAAUAAAUACUACUAUAAUUUUCACGGUGUGAAACAAUUACAAAAUCCGCCAUUUUGUUAACGAAAAAAUGGCACUCGCAAUGUGUUUUGCAAGUAACAUUUUAGAUGCCCUAUUGUGUUCAAAAUAUGACCAUUAAUUCUUUUCACUGUAAAAAUUUUCCUGCUAUACAAAAUUUACUAUCUAAAUUAUUUAACCUAAACAAAAAAGCGAGAGUAAGUAAGUUCGUAAAUUCGUACUUGUUUGCAAUUUUCAAGUAAAAUAAAUAAAAGAAAAAAAAACUUA